CGAUCAUCUACUUUUCAACAGAUACAUAGUAGCAAGCCGCGAGGCGAAUGUUGAUGCACCAGAGAAAACCAGCAACAGUACGACACUACUUAAAUUAACAUCAUGGCUCCUGCUAAGCCACGGGGGCAUCGGAUUUUGCUUUUCACGAGGCGUGGAGGAGAUGUUUUAUGCAGACUCGAGGCUUGGCUAAUGCACUAUGAACGUCUCGAACCAACGACCUCAGUGCUCAUUUUGACGGCGAGCGAAACACCUAUCAGAAGCACAGGUGGAUCUAAAACCGCGUCGAAGGAGAGCUCAGUAGUUGCUUCGGAGGGUGCUCACGACCAGGGUCAAAGUACUAGUAACGCCACUUCUACAUCCGCUUCUGCAAUACAACAAAAUGAAGUUAGAAAUACAUCAACGACACUGCCAUUACCGCGGAGUGCUUCAUCAACUCAGGUGGAUAUGUCAGCGCGAAGCACGCCAGUAGUGUCACCAACGAACUGCGAGACUGUGAGUAUAGGGAAAGGGGUUGUUGAACAGGAUACGCAGAAUCGUAGUGGCGCACUCAAUUGCGACACAGGUAUUGCACAGGCGCAUGGAGAUGGCGUCAGUGGUGCGCCGCCGAGCAUAACGCCAUCGAACGGGACGAACACAGCUGCGUCGUCUUCUUCUUAUGAACUCUCUCUCUUCUUCUCUCUUAUCUUCUUUCUUCUUAUCAACUCCUGACGUCAUUUGAUUUAUCACCAGUACCAGUUCAGCAUGGGACAACUUCCAUGCGGUUUUCCACUAUGAGAAAAAUCCGGUUUUUCACUUCUUAUUCCUCGACCACCUCUAACGCAAAUCGUCGUCUACCUUCAGCAGAUACACCAUCAUGCAGCCACGCAAUCGCAAGGAAACGCUUGCGAUUAGUGCGGAUUUUCAGCCGGAUUUGAUCGUCUCAGUACUCUAUCCCAAAAUGAUAUUUCCAGAAGUGCUCUCACUAGUCCCAAAAGGGUUGGCCGUCAACAUCCAUCCUUCGUUGUUGCCCCUGCAUCGCGGAUCCCUGUGCCAGUUUUGGCCGAUAUAUUUAUGGAUGAAUCUGGGUAUUGAGACGAGGACGAUUUUUACAUAGACUGCUUCAUAACGUAGAUAAUCAUGAUGAAUCUGGGUAUUGAGACGACGAUUUUUACAUAGACUGCUUCAUAACGUAGAUGAUAAUCAUGACUUUGUUGAUGAUAGACCACUCUAAAACAUGAAGGCGAUACGAUAUCCGGUGUCACUCUUCACGAAAUGGUAGAAACCUUUGACGAUGGCCCCUUGUAUCACCAGGUGCCAGCUAGGAUCGACCCGAUGUACGAAACUGCUCUGAGCCUCAAUCGUAAGAUUCUCAACUGUAUAGAAACCUGUUUUGCCUUUUUGUUGCGGAAGUUUUAUCUGCUGGAUGAGGACGCUCGAGAGAUGGAAAGUGGAGGAAGUCCGCAGAAGAGUCUAGAGAAAGUGGCACAGGGUCCACACAAGAAUGAAGGUAAUAGAGAAGAACCAGAAGAGAAUUCUAUGUGGCUGCAAGUUAGAAGACAAGACGUAUUUGCCAAAAUGCGGGAGAACUAUGAAAGCUGCUUACCUGCGUCUGUUCUGGAUAAACUAUCCGAUGGCUCAAAGAUCGACGAUGUAUUCCCGUAUCACUUCAAGAAGUUUCCGAAUGAAGGCAUUAUCAGUCUCCCAGGUGGUGCUGGAGGAAAUAGCGAGGAAGGAGCAGCCAACGGACUGACAUCAGCACGAUCGCGAUCACCACUUUUAGACUGCGAAGAUCGCGUCCUUCUAGACCGAUUCAUAAGGGCGAUGUACUUUCCACCAAAACCAUGCGCGAUGCUGCGACACCCAAUGACAAAGAUUCUCGUUCCAGUACGGUCUCUAGCAGAAUUUGAUCGCAUAAUGGCUUCGAGUUCAUGCUAAAUGAAUGACGUGAAAUUAACUUGAUGCUGUUGUUGGACACGAGCGUCGAACCUGUCCUCGGAAAAUUUCGUGUAGAAUCUCAAAGUUCUUUAUCUGUGUAUUUGGAAGCUAUAAUCUAUCAAUCG